GGAAAAACUAAAAAGCCUCCCCACAAAUCCGCAGCGGAAACAGAGCAAGACAGAGAAAGAGAAGAUUUAUUCAGAGAAGAGGCGGCCGCCAUGGAAAACGGAACGAAGAAAGUCUGGCAUUUUCAGGCGGCGGCGAACGGCGCUGCAAACGGCAACGGCAACGGCAAAGCGCGGUCAAAGGCGGCGGUAGCCACAAUCCGGGAGGUCCGGUUCGCUCUGAUGGACAACCUGAACAAGGAAGACCAGAGGCCGCUGAUAGAGCUGGGCCACGGCGACCCUUCGUCGUUCCCUUGUUUCCGUACCGACUCGGCGGCGGAAGACGCCAUUGUCGAUGCGGUCCGGUCCGGCAAGUUCAACUCCUAUGGUCCGUCCGCCGGCAUUCUUCCGGCUAGAAGGGCAAUCGCAGGAUACCUCAACAAUGGCCUCCCCUACGAGCUCUCCCCUGAAGACGUGUUCAUGACCCUCGGCUGCGCCCACGCCAUCGAAGUCACCCUCACCACCCUCGCCCGACCCGGAUCCAACAUCCUCCUGCCCCGACCCGGCUACCCAUACUACGACGCCUGCGCCGCCAACAGAAACCUCGAGGUCCGCCACUACGGCCUCCUCUCCGACCACGGCUGGGAGGUCGAUCUGGAAGCCGUCGAGUCCCUGACCGACCACAACACCGCCGCCAUCGUCAUCGUCAACCCGGGGAACCCAUGCGGGAACGUCUACAGCUACGAGCACCUCAAGAAGAUCGCCGAGACCGCGAGAAAGCUAGGGAUUCUGGUGAUCGCCGACGAGGUCUAUGGGCACCUCGCGUUCGGGUCCAACCCGUUUGUGGCGAUGGGGGUUUUCGGGUCGAUUGCGCCGGUUAUCACGCUCGGGUCGAUUUCGAAGCGGUGGAUUGUUCCUGGGUGGAGGCUCGGGUGGCUGGUGAUUAGUGAUCCCAACAACGUUCUCAGAAAUUCAGGGUUUGUUGAUUUGAUUCGAGGCUCGCUCAACACCUCUCCUGAUCCUCCAACCUUCAUUCAGGCUGCAGUUCCUCAGAUAUUGGCCAACACUAAAGAGAGUUUCUUUGCGAGAAUCAAUGGGUUGUUAAGAGAGGCUGUAGAUCUAUGCUACGAGAGGCUUGAGGACAUUGCUUGUAUCACUUGUCCCAAGAAACCAGAAGGUUCCAUGUUUGCCAUGGUGAAACUGGAGUGCUCAGAACUGGAGGGGAUUAAGGAUGAUAUGGAUUUCUGUCUCAAACUAGCAAAGGAGGAAUCUGUCAUAAUUCUACCAGGCACGACUGUGGGACAGAAGGGUUGGCUUCGGAUAACGUUUGCGAUCGAGCCUGCAACGCUAGAAGUUGCGCUUGGGAGGAUUAAAGCCUUCUGUGAAAGACAUGCCAAGAACAAGAACAAGCAGUAGAACUCGUUUUGUAUAAAAGAAACUAGCACUCGCAUGUCCUUUUUUUUUUUUUUUUUGGUGACUUCAAUUUGGUCGUUCUCUUCCUGUGGUGGUUUUCUUGUUUUAUCUUUGGGUUUGACUAGCUAUUACGACAAGAUAUUCUGCUUUCUUAAGGAGCGGGUCAACAAAUAGGGAUCUCUUUCUGUUUCUUAUUAUGUAGGAUCUCCAAUUAAUCAAAAAGUAUUGAACAAUGUUAUCAGAAUUGAACUGGUGUGAUGAGCAG